UAAUAAUAUACCUAUAUCUCCUCGAAUUCCCAGUUUCCUGGUAUCAUAAAUUAAUUCAUCAUUAAGGACAAUCAAAAUCUGAUUUAGAGUCUGGUAUCCUGGAAUUGAUACUACCUACUUGACCGUAAAAUAACUAAGUUUGGAUCUGUAUGGUAGUAUAUAAUGAGGAUGAUUGAUGUUCUUCAUUUUGAUAUUAUUUGCAAUUUAUCUGGAUAAAAGUGAAAAAUUGAGAAGAUUGAGACAUUUUGAAUCAAUCUUUGGUGUCAAGAGGUUUUGAUGAUGUCUGAAAAAAUGGUAUUUUAUAAGUUCUGCAUAGUAAUAUCAACUCUCUGUUUUCUUCUGUAUCACACUAAUGCAGCGUUUAGUGAGAAGCAGUUGGCAUCAGCGAAAAAAAUGAUCACUAAUAUUUGUAAACCUCGAUCAAAUGCAACUGAUGAGGACCUAGAAGGAAUGAGAAGUGGACAAUUUUCAAGACCAGCCAUGUGCUUCAUCAAUUGUGUCCUAGUCAGUAAUAAAUGGCAAAACAAGGACAAUACCUUCAAUAAGGCUGGUGCUUUGGCUACAAUGAAGAUGUUACCAGAUGAAUAUCAUGACGAAGGAAAACGUGUGAUAGAACUUUGUCAAGACUCGGCAAAAACUCUGGAUGAUAAAUGCAUUUCUGCUAUGGAAAUUGGAAAAUGCUUCUAUGAAAGUAGUGAAGGAAUAAAGAAAUUCCUGUCGUAAAACUAAACAAGAUUUUGGAAAAUGAAUAGUACCUAUAUAUUAUAUAAUUUGAAACUGAAGAGUAAUUAAAGAAGUAACAACAGAA